GUUUUAUUUGUUGUUCUCUGCGUUUUGCGUCGGCUGUGCUCUAGUAUUGGGGAUGGAGUAGAUUUGCGUAUUAACCUUCGAGCACCCCUGGGACAGCAAACUCUGUGACUCCUUAAUCGUCGGACAACUGGACGCACGCCGCUCUCUUGUCCUCCUGUUCCAACAAAGAUACACGGAGUAUAUGGCAAAUGUUUUGCGUCCUGGAAUGCGAUCAACCAUAUUUAUGUGUUCUGUGCAUUUGCCCACUGUGGUCAAAACAGAGACACUCUACAUUGUCCUCGAAAAAAGCUUUCUACCGCCAAUGUGCUAUCGCCGUGAGCGGACGCUGAACAAAAGAUUUCAAGAACAGACGGAGGGUAACCAGUUGGCAUGCACUUGAUCAUUGGCAUAUCAAACAAACUCUUGGCACGGCCAGCGAGUUGCACGCAAAAACGAGUUGACAUUCUGAAAUCCCCUGGCGAGCGAAUCGUGCACUUGCCGUGGUUUUGGUGGCAUUUACAUGCAGUAUAUUUUCCUCGUCCCACCCAUGACUGUCUUUAACCAAACCACCACUAUAGCCGGCAUGACUGCAGGCAGACUCAGCCGCGGCGGGAAACAAACGUUGAUGGACAGGGUCGCAGGCUGCCACCUCAACCGUAGAAGCCUUCUACACCGAAGAAGUGGCACCCUGCGGCAUCAGGCACUGUAUCCCAUCACCUGCUACGAAAAAUCAAUGUCAUCCCUGGCUUCGCCAGUGUGUUCUCAUCGAGAAAUAUCUAGUAGCUUCUUCUCCACGGCCUUACCGACGAACCCCGUGGUGACAACGACUGGGCUGGUUUUUCGUAGACGCUUCACCGUGACGCUUGUCAUAGCUGAUCACAGUGACAAAACAAAACAGGCAGCUACUCAUGGCUCAAAUGAUCAUGGAACCGCUAAAACGGUGACCCCUCCGACGCUCGCCGCUAUCCAGGCUGCAUCUUUUUUCCGGCAGCCGGUAGAAGUCCUGCUAUGUGGAAAAAACACCUCUCUUUCGCCUCACGCUGAGUGUCUGUCAUACAUGCCCGGCGUCUCCAGGGUGUUGCAGUACACGAACGCCGCAAUGCAGCAUUAUCCACCAGUUGCUCUGGCAGUGCUGCUACGUCGGCUUCAGCACGAACGGGACGUGUCUGUCAUUUGCGGAUCAUCCAGCGGCAUCUGCGUAGACGCACUGCCCCGUUUAUCAGCUCUUCUCGAUGUGCAGCCCAUUGCAGAUGUGGUUGCUGUCAAAGACGCCAAUACAUUCGUCCGACAGAUAUAUGCAGGCACCGCUCUGUGUACCGUUAAGUCCUCCGAUAAAGUUAAAGUGCUAACGGUAUGUGCCACAGCGUUCCCCCUCAGCGAGAAAUUGAAUGAAAGGACGGGAAAUGAACCUGCUCCAAUCGAACACCUGCCAGCGGUUGAUGAGAUUUCUCAGCUUACGUGGAUAACCGAGGACGUCACACUGGCAGAUAAGCCUCAACUCGACGCCGCGGAAAUAGUCGUAGCAGGGGGUCGAGGACUGAAAAGCAGGUCUGAGUUCACCCGGCUCUUGGAACCCCUCAGAGCCAGGCUUCGAAACGCAGCAAUUGGAGCUUCGCGAGCGGCUGUUGACUCUGGGUACGCUGCUUAUGAUCUCCAAAUAGGACAAACAGGAAAGGUGGUUGCACCGAAAUUAUACAUUGGAGUGGGGCUCAGCGGGGCGAUCCAGCACAUGACAGGAAUGAAGGACUCGAAAGUCAUUGUAGCCAUCAACAACGACCUCGGGGCACCCAUAUUUCAAAUCGCAGACUACUGCGUAUAUGGCGAUUUGUUCCAAGUCGUUCCAGAAUUGACGGCAAAACUACCUCAACAGUAGGCUCGACUUACUCCACCAUGAAACAGUGCCGAUUGCUUCAGCGUCAGAGACAAAAUCAAGUGCGUGGGCUGCCUCGACUGUGGCACAUGCUGGUUUCGAGUUGCCCGUCCGUUGGCUGAUGCAUCCCCGUUUGAAGGACACGGCGAGUUAGGAGCUCUGUAGGGAAUGCAUGGGAAUCUGCUUAAAAGGCUGUAAUGUAAGGUAUUAACCAUGUGCAAGACUGUCGAAUUCACGCUGGAGUUCGAUGCGUACGGAACAGAUGUUAUAAGAGAAUUAUAUGGCGAGAGUGCGAAAUGACUUCUACUGUGGCGUAUAAGUAGCUUCCUACUGCCGGAAUUUCAGCCCUAUCCCUCUUGUUUCAGUCUCCCUUUCAAGGUCGCUCGCGUCUGUAUACAACCCUUGAGAACACAAACUUCAUCAGAGGCUGGAAAGGGGUCAGCCCUUGACAAAUCAAAAACCGCACUAAAGUUUUGUGACAGAUAUUGCGUCUAGCUGGUGGGGCAUUUGGAUGCGUGACACCGUUUCAUAAUAAAAACGCGGAACCUUUCUUUGGCAAACAUCUCAAUGUAGUCUUUGACGCGAUUCUGCUCAUAAUAUUCAUACAGCAUUCGUGAAAAUCGCAGCCUUUCAUAGAUUCACGUGCCCAAGGCUGAAGUGCUGCCACUGUUAUAGUGUGGACCCCACUUGUGUUGUCGGAAUUUGCGUCACACUUGAGGGAGAAAAGGUCUUUCGCUGAGCGUCUCCUUC